CACUCUCUGUGCUCAGUGUUGUUUGAACGCUCUCCUGUUUUCAGACAGAAAUGAAGUUGUCAGUGCUUCUGCCUGUGUUUUUAUUCCUCUGCAUUGACAGCAGAGGUUCUGGGAUGUCUCACCCCAAACCUGCCUGCCGUUAUCCUCCAUCUCAGUGGUGUCGAUCACUGGAGAUAGCGAUUGAGUGUAAGGUUCAGAAGCAGUGUAUGGAGGUGAAUGCUACCAGACCAAAGCAAGACGUCCCUCCUGUAUCUGUGACUCUGUACUACGAGAGUUUGUGUCCAGCCUGCAGAGUCUUCAUCACACAGCAGCUAUUCCCCACCUGGACGAUGCUGCAGGACAUCAUGUCGGUCACUCUGGUGCCCUACGGAAACGCUAAGGAGAUUCCAUCAGGAAAUUCUCCUUUCACUUGUCAACAUGGAGAACCAGAAUGCAGAGGAAACAUAAUUGAGGCUUGUAUCAUCCACUUAACAAGACAUUCGGCGCUUCACAUCAUCUAUUGCAUGGAGUCUGCUGCAAAUGUCCUCAGUGCUGCACAGUCUUGCCUCCAGCUUUACGCUCCCUCCGUCUCCUGGUCAAGUGUGGACUCCUGCGUGACAAACGGACUGGGAGACCGGCUGAUGCACGCCAAUGCUGCCAUGACACGAGCUCUGAAACCACCUCACACUCACGUCCCCUGGGUCACUUUCAAUGGGGAAUACACGGAGGAGAAUGAGGACAUGGCGAUGUCGUCCCUUUUCCACUUGAUCUGUCAACUUUACAAGGGGGUGAAGCCUCCGGCCUGCAAUGGAGCCCGGGUCAGACUAGAUCGAAGUUUCUGCUGAACACAACCGUAAAACCUCUGUACACCUACUGCCUGCAAGAAAACAGCAGAUUAUAUUACAUAUACAGGACAAUAUACCAAAUAACACCAUUAAAAACAUGUUCAGUUUUA